UUUUCAUACAAGUGACAUAUUAAAUAAAUUAUACAAAUAUUCUACAUUUUUUUGCCCCAACUUGAGGUAUAAUAUUAUUAUAUCAAUAAUGGUCUUUAAAAAAAUUAACGCGCUCGAAAUUCUAAUGCUGCGGGCCGACGAGAACGAUAAACAUAUUACUGGCCGGCUAGUAGUAAUACACGUCGUCGUCGUCUGGGAGAUUUUCUCGGACAUCGGUCUCUGUGUUGGACGAUUUGUAUUUAGCUCAUUAGCAAUUCUCGAUUAAAUCCCAACGUACACGUAUACCUAUUAUCUUCGCUCAAACAAAAGAUGGCAACUAACUAUUAUAACAUCGACGCUGUAAACGUCAUAUUGCUUGAAAUCUUAGAAGACAUUGUUGUCAACAUUAUGGAUGGCACUUACGCUGAUGAAACAGACGAAUAUCUCGUGGGUUUAGUUACCCUUCUUCUGUCUGCCAUUGAUUCGGGCGCUACUACUGCGAGUGGCGACGAUCAGACCCCGGAGUCGGAGCCUGAAGGACAAAAUCCGAUUCUUGGAGGCGCAGAUGGACAGGAGUUCGACGAAGACGCCGAGGAGUCCGUCUCCUUGCACAGUGAUGGAUUGCCGAGCGGCGAUGCGCUGUCAUCUGCAGCAGAGUCGGAGCUUGCUCCGAUCCCAGAGGCAGCACCGCUCAGCAACAACAACACUGUCCAGGAAGACGACAAUUCGAAAAUUUCGGAAGCAGAAGAGGACCAUUCCGUUUUGUUGGCGAGCAGCUGUACGUCGUCGUGUGGGGACGCGCCGUCCUCUGUCGAUCCCACUCCGACUCCCGAGGGCGGACCACUCGACGGCGUUUUGCGUACAGAAGACGUGUUGGAUGAGAAAAUUGAGCCGGCUAGGGGUAUAGUUGUAAAAAAUAGUCUUGGUGAGCUGGUCGGUUGGUUGGACCCGGCGGCAGCACCCGGAAAAAUCGAUCCACCUCGUACGAGGUGGAAAAGCGUGAGACGCUUUUUCCGGGCUCUGUGCUGCUGCCGAUGAGAACCCGUCCGCAGCUCACCCGUUGGCCGUAGACGACGGGCAGGAUGACGGCGACACAGAGGAGGGGAGGAUGUGAGAAAGAGCACGGACGGUGCGCGGCGGUAAGUCACCCACGCACGUUCUCCGGUCACCCGCGGCGCGACGGGUUGUUCGCGGGCGUAGCGCGCUCUGUCGUCUUUGACGCGCGAGACCCUCUGGCGGCUCGGCGAGCGCCCGGCUGCAGUUACGGUCACGUGGAGC